AUGGCUGGCUUCAUCACCGGCUCUCAUGCUCAUUCCUCACGCGACUCCGAUGGGCAUCAUGCUCCUACCCGUCAACCUUCAUCAAAAACAUGUCGGGUUUGUGGUGAUGAGAUCGGAUAUAAGGAAAAUGGAGAACUGUUUGUGGCUUGUCAUGUGUGUGGAUUUCCUGUGUGUCGACCAUGUUAUGAGUAUGAGAGGAGUGAAGGAAACCAGAGCUGUCCUCAAUGCAACACUCGCUAUAAGCGCCACAAAGGCUGUCCUAGAGUGGUUGGAGAUGAAGAAGAGAACUUGGAUGCUGAUGAUUUUGAUGAUGAAUUUCCAAUUAAGAAUCACCGCGAAGAUCUAGAUCAUGUGGGAAAUGGGGAGUAUAAUAAAGAGAAAUUGCAUCCCAAUGGUCAAGCUUUCUCUUCAGCUGGGAGUGUUGCUGGCAAGGAUUUUGAUGGGGACAAAGAUUUCUACAGCAAUGAAGAAUGGCAAGAAAGAGUCGAGAAAUGGAAAGUCAGGCAAGAAAAAAAAGGUCUUCUAAACAAAGAAGACGGAAAAGAAGACCAAGGUGAAGAUGAUGAUUACAUUUUGGCUGAAGCUAGACAACCAUUGUGGCGCAAGGUUCCAAUAUCUUCAAGCUUAAUCAAUCCAUAUCGCAUAGUGAUUGUGAUGAGGCUGGUCAUCCUCGCUUUCUUCUUUCGAUUCAGAAUCUUAACUCCAGCAAAUGACGCAUAUGCCUUGUGGCUAAUCUCUGUUAUAUGUGAGAUAUGGUUUGCACUGUCAUGGAUUCUUGAUCAGUUCCCCAAGUGGUUCCCCAUCACACGUGAGACUUACUUGGACCGCUUGGCCUUAAGGUUUGAGCGCGAAGGGGAGCCUAACCAACUAGCUCCAGUUGAUGUGUUUGUGAGUACUGUGGACCCUUUGAAGGAACCUCCCAUUAUAACAGCCAACACUGUCCUUUCAAUCCUCGCUGUUGACUAUCCUGUUGACAAGGUCAGCUGCUAUGUCUCAGAUGAUGGUGCAUCUAUGCUUCUGUUUGAUUCCUUGGCAGAAACUGCUGAGUUUGCAAGAAGAUGGGUUCCCUUUUGCAAGAAGUAUAACAUAGAGCCAAGGGCUCCUGAGUUUUACUUUUCUCAGAAAAUUGAUUAUUUAAAAGAUAAGGUGCAACCUACGUUUGUGAAGGAAAGAAGGGCCAUGAAGUCUCAAUAUGCAUUAGAUGCUUGUGGUAAAACUUGUUUGUUUGCUCCACUGAAGAGAGAAUAUGAAGAGUUUAAGGUGAAGAUUAAUUCUUUGGUGGCAAAGGCUCAAAAGAAACCUGAGGAUGGGUGGGUGAUGCAGGAUGGAACCCCAUGGCCUGGGAAUAACACCCGUGAUCAUCCAGGAAUGAUUCAGGUAUAUUUAGGAAGUGCUGGUGCACUAGAUGUAGAGGGAAAGGAAUUGCCGCGACUUGUGUAUAUUUCACGUGAAAAACGACCUGGAUAUCCUCACCACAAGAAAGCAGGUGCCAUGAAUGCUUUGGUUCGAGUUUCUGCUGUGCUUACAAAUGCACCAUUCAUGUUGAAUUUGGAUUGUGAUCACUACAUCAAUAAUUGCAAGGCAAUAAGAGAGGCUAUGUGCUUUUUAAUGGACCCCAACCUUGGGAAGAAGUUGUGCUAUGUCCAAUUUCCUCAAAGAUUUGAUGGUAUUGAUCGCCAUGAUAGAUAUGCUAAUCGCAACACUGUGUUCUUUGAUAUCAAUAUGAAAGGGCUUGACGGGAUUCAAGGUCCAGUAUAUGUUGGUACUGGAACUGUGUUCAACAGGCAGGCAUUGUAUGGUUAUGAUCCACCGGUAUCUGAGAAAAGACCUAAGAUGACAUGUGACUGUUGGCCAUCAUGGUGUUGCUUUUGUUGUGGUGGUUCAAGAAAGUCCAAGUCAAAAAAGAAAUCAGAAAAAGGUCUGUUUAGUGUAUUCUCCAAGAACAAGAACAAAAAGAAAAUGAUGGGGAAAGACUAUGUUAGAAAAGGAUCAGGCUCCAUGUUUGAUCUUGAGGAGAUUGAAGAAGGGCUUGAAGGGUAUGAGGACUUAGAGAAAUCAUCCCUCAUGUCCCAGAAAAGUUUUGAGAAACGAUUCGGGCAAUCACCAGUUUUCAUUGCUUCCACAUUGAUGGAAAAUGGAGGACUUCCUGAAGGCACAAAUAGCCAAUCAUUGGUCAAGGAGGCCAUUCAUGUUAUAAGUUGUGGCUAUGAAGAGAAGACUGAAUGGGGAAAAGAGAUUGGGUGGAUUUAUGGUUCAGUCACAGAAGAUAUUUUGACUGGAUUCAAGAUGCAUUGUAGAGGAUGGAAAUCAGUAUAUUGCAUGCCAAAGAGACCAGCUUUCAAGGGAUCUGCCCCAAUAAAUCUAUCAGAUAGGUUGCACCAAGUUCUGAGGUGGGCUCUUGGUUCUGUUGAGAUUUUCCUUAGCCGUCACUGCCCCUUGUGGUAUGGUUAUGGAGGAAAACUUAAGUACCUAGAGAGGCUAGCUUACACUAACACCAUUGUUUAUCCAUUCACUUCCAUCCCUCUGCUCGCGUACUGCACAAUUCCCGCUGUGUGUCUCUUGACAGGAAAGUUCAUCAUCCCCACAUUGACCAACCUUGCUAGUGUUUGGUUUAUGGCUCUAUUUAUCUCCAUCAUCUUAACAAGUGUGCUUGAGCUCCGAUGGAGUGGUGUUACAAUUGAAGCCCUGUGGAGAAACGAGCAAUUUUGGGUCAUAGGAGGUGUUUCCGCUCACCUUUUUGCUGUGUUUCAAGGUCUCCUCAAAGUUCUUGCUGGAGUAGACACGAAUUUCACAGUCACAGCAAAAGCAGCAGAAGACACUGAAUUUGGAGAGCUCUAUCUCUUUAAGUGGACCACUCUUCUCAUCCCUCCAACCACUCUUAUAAUCUUGAACAUUGUUGGUGUUGUGGCUGGAGUCUCUGAUGCCAUAAACAAUGGAUAUGGUUCAUGGGGACCUUUGUUUGGGAAGUUGUUCUUUGCCUUUUGGGUCAUUGUUCACUUGUACCCUUUCCUCAAAGGUCUCAUGGGGAAGCAAAACAGGACUCCUACCAUUGUGGUCUUGUGGUCAAUCCUUCUAGCAUCUAUUUUCUCAUUGAUUUGGGUCAGGAUCGAUCCCUUCUUGCCCAAGCAAACAGGUCCAGUGCUCAAACAAUGUGGGGUGGAAUGCUAA